UAUGGCCAGCAAUCCACUCCUUCAUAUGCUCUAGGUGCACCUCAGUCAGCCUAGAAAAGAGCACAGCAGUGAGAGCUUCUACUCACCCCUCCUUAAAAUCACCUGAAGAACUGGAGUCAGGACUAGACUGGAAGAGUAACAGGAAAAUACUGAACAAGAAGGAAGGGGGAGGAUACUACAAUAAAUAGCAUUUCACUCUUUUUCUGUCAUCUAUUCUGACUUCAAGGUGAGAAGAAAAGGAUUACCCUUGGUUGUUUUUUCAGCACUUCUCUCUUCUGCUUUGACUUACAGCAGAACUUUAAGAGCAUGGCUGAGCAGAAGAGGCAGGUGUGGGUGGUCAAGGCGCUGUGGUUGGCAUUGGGACUGUUCUUGAUCGGCUACACCGCCGCUGCCGAGGAGUAUGACUAUUACAGCUGGCAGUCCGACAACUUCCACAACGGCCGCUUCUAUGCCAAGCAGCCGCAGUGUGUGGACAUCCCGGCUGAGCUGCGCCUCUGCUACACUGUGGGCUACAAGAAGAUGCGAUUACCCAACCUGCUGGACCAUGAGACUAUGCCUGAGGUAAUGCAGCAGGCUGGUAGCUGGGUGCCCCUGCUGGCCAAGCACUGCCAUGCUGACACGCAGGUGUUCCUCUGCUCUCUGUUUGCACCCGUGUGCCUGGAUCGGCCCAUUUACCCAUGCCGCUCACUGUGCGAAGCCGUCAGGGACAGCUGCGCUCCAGUCAUGGAGAUCUACGGCUUUCCCUGGCCAGAAAUGCUGCAGUGUGACAAGUUCCCUAUUGAUAAUGACCUCUGCAUCCCCAUGCAGUUCUCUGGGAACAUUGCCACACAGACUCCAGUUUCAAAAGCAUGCCCACCUUGUGACAAUGAACUGAAAUCUGACACAAUAAUGGAACACUUCUGUGCCAGUGACUUUGCACUUAAAAUGAAGAUCAAAGAGGUUAAGAAGGAGAAAGGUGACCGCAAGCUUAUCGCAGCACAAAAGAAGAAAAAGGUUCUUAAGAUGGGCAUUCUGCGCAAAAAAGACCUAAAAAAGCUAACACUGUACAUUAAGAAUGGAGCAAACUGUCCUUGUCCCCAACUGGACAGCCUCGGGAGCAACUUCCUCAUCAUGGGCCGGAAGGUUGACCAGCAGUUAUUGCUCAUGUCUAUCCACAAGUGGGACAAGAAGAGUAAGGAACUCAAGUUUGCCAUCAAAUACAUGAAGUCCCACCAGUGCCCAACUUACCACACUGUCUUUCAGUGACCAAUGACAACACAGCCCAGCUGUCAUCCCUCAGACCCCUCCAAUCCCAUGCUACAGUCAGCACAUACAUAUUUUUUUAUUCAAAAGCUGCCUUUGGGAGACAUUCAUUUGCUAAUUGUUUUAUACUUCAGCGAGUGUUUCUUUUCUUCUUAAUGUUUCUUCUUUAUACUGUAUGUACAGUAUACAUUAAAUGAAUGCUUUAAAAAAAAAUCAGUACAGUCAUACGUUCUAGAAAUCAGUUUUGAUCAUUAGAGCAAAAAAAAUCUUUUCCACAGAAACUGUUCAAAGUGGAAUGUCAUCUUUAGUUCAACAAGUGGCUUCCAGGUCAAAAAGGGGUCACAAAAUUACUAGGAGUGACCAAAAAAUUUUCAUAGCCAUGCUGAGCUGAGUAUGCUGAUUUCAAACUAUAAAAAUAAUCAGUAAGCAAGUAAAAAAAAAUAAAUAAAUAAAUGAUAAUAUCCAUUUUAUAAACAAACAGCCAAUUUACUUUGUGGUUACCUUCUACUUUGUAGAUAUGAAAAAAAAAUGUUAUACCAUGAACUAUGUAGAUAAUUUUAUGGUAAUUAAAAUCCUUCUAGAAUGUGAGGCCAUGGGAGAUGUGGUUCACAUCAAGGAGGAAGGAUAACUGAAGGAUACAGUUGUCCAUGACUGUUGGUCAGUUGGACUUUGAGCAGCACCUGGACCACUUCCCUGUUCUGACAGAGCAUCUUCCACCAGCCAGCUGGAUAGCAGACUCUGGACUGAACCUAGCAGUUUGGUUGGUGAAAUUGCUGAUAAUGUUUAUUCAGUUUUAAAUAUCAAACAAACAUCUUUGCACCAUAAUUAUUCAGUUCCUGAAAACAAUCUGGCAGGCAUUGCAUUUGCAUUCACUGUUGCUGAAAUAAAUGAUAAAAUCACUACAAUAUGAUUGCCAUUAAUUACUGCUAAAUGCUGGGAAAAGAACAUCUGUUUGUUUGUUUUUUUUGUCCUUUUGUUUUUGCUUAAUUUUUCAAGCAAAUUUACUCACUUGUCAGUUGUCAAUAAUAUUGUUGUGUGAACCAAGUAUCUACAAGAAAUGUGGUAAGAAAAUAAAGAACCCUCAGUUUGUG